AUGACGCCUCGAGACAACGAUAGCAACAGCAGCCAGAAGCGUUUCCCUAUUGACGGCGGUUCCUUUGAACGCUUCCCCAUCGAGCAGGCCGUGAUCUACGAACCCGAGGAUGAAGUCCACCGUCGCAAGUGGCGUACCGGAUCUCCCCCAGGUAACCUCCUCUCUCUCUUCCCCGACCCCGUACCCGUUGUGAAAGGCCUUAACCAGUUCCGCUUCCAGCUUAGCCGUGACAAUGGAGUGAUGCCCGGUCUGUUUGGUUAUCUUGAGAAGUAUAUCAGUGCCACACACCUGGUGUGGAGCAUGUGCGCCUGUCUUGCAGACAGCGGCAUUGACCCGGAGUGGACGAAGACAUUCGAAAUGUGGCGCCCGCAGUGGCGAGAGUUCUCCAAGAGCUUUGAGUGCCAUGGUAAUACCGAGCGUACGUUGCCGAUUGCUGCCUCCCCGGUCCGUGAGAUGUGGGUUCAGAAACCCAAUUCGCUUGAUGUGUUCAAGCUUCGUGUUGUGUAUCACAGGGAGAAGCAGCGUGAUCGUGAUGAUCUUCAGGCUCUUUGGAAGUUCAUGCUUGAUGUUAAGCCCGACCUUGUUCUUGAGGGGGCUUAUCUUAUUACCCUCAAGCAUGAGUCUUGGUUUCCGUAUGAGUAG